CUGGACUGUUCAACUAACGGCUGAAAGAGCCAGUGGUCGCUGAUUUAAGUUCCGCCCUCGGCCUACACCACGCUUAUGACGAAAUCAAAGGUAACAUGUCAGGACGGAAUAAUACGCACUCAUCAACGUCAGGACAACUAGCAGAGCUUGAAGAACGAAAAGCGGACUUUGGAUUGGUAAUUACGCGUCGACGAAAGUUCGCUGUGUUCAGCUCGAUAGAAUGCACUAACUUGGAAAACGCUAUCGUUGGCGCCCUAUCAAUCCUACUGGAGAAGUUCCACUUCGAUACGAACGUUACCCAGUUGACGGUAAGCGGCUGCAUUAUAGCUGUGGCAUAUAAGGACCUAAAGCAGUACGUCCUGCUAGGCUACCAAGGCCCAACAGUCAGUAUGCUGUUAGUCGACGCUUCACUUCAACAGGUCUGUAGGCAAAACCUGGUUGAAACUAUGAAUGCUGCUACGUUGAGCGUCUGGGAGCCACCCCAGCUCACGUCGUAUUUCGUAGCGGGGUUUCUUGUGGGCGUUUGGAAUAACAAUUUCGAAGCUCAAAUAGAGAUCGAUUCAGGUCCGACGUGCGAAACCUACAUAAAACUGACUAACGCAUUUGUGCUUGAUGUGCUGAACAGAAAAUUCCCUGCUGGGGCCUCGAAGGCAAACCUCAAGGACGCGAUUACCUUCGUCGAGCAGAGCAUUCAACAACAAAUGGACAGACUCAAAUGGCCUCUGGGAAACUUACAUGCACUAAGUAUAGCUGGUAUACUUGAUGUUUACUCCGGUGGAAAACCAGAACUCAUUAUUGAAGCCGAACAGAUACUUAGUGUAACCGCGUUCAUGUGUGAAACUCUUGAAGCUGAGGGAAUUCAAAAACGCGAAAAAAAAAUUAACUUGGAGCACUAAACAGUUCAGCUCAAUCAACCAGAUACCAAUAACGCGCGGUUCAAUUGGAAUGGAAAAGAUCAUUGCACCGGUUGCAAACGUCGUCAGUGUACAUUGCCAUUCCCGUCAGAUGCGGGCGGGAAUUAUACACAAAAUGAAUGAUUUGAUGAUAAGUAAGACGUGAAGAUUAUUUCCACAGUGGAUAGCAUCGAA